UUAUCUCACAAGGAGCCCUGGAGAGGUCCCUGGCAGCCCUGACAGUGCCAAUUCAGCCCCGUCCUUGCAUUGGUGCUAUCUGGGAGUCCCAGCCCCCAGGAGCAGAGUGAAAGCUCUUCAGGGUAGCCCUCGUGGUCCCUGAGUCUGUAUCCGAAAGGGAAAGGGAAGAUCAGCGCUGAGGCUACCAUGGUCCCGGGCUACUCGCAGUCUGAUCUCAGGCGCCCCGCACUCACUGUUCUGUUCCUUGGCAGCCUAGAAGCCAGCAUGGCCCCUACACUUGCGCAGGCCUACCAGCGGCGAUGGUGGAUGGCCUGCACAGCCAUGGUGGAGAACCUGUUCUUCUCCGCGGUUCUCCUUGGCUGGGGAUCCCUGCUCAUCAUGCUGCAGAUGGAAGGCUUCUAUUCCCACUUCUGCCCAGAGAAGAAUGGCACCAACAUUACUGAAUACCAGCUUCAGACUGAGCAUCAGUGGCCCACCUGUGAGAGCCAGGAGGAGAUGUUGAACUUGGGCUUCACCAUUGGCUCUUUUGUUCUGAGCGCCACCACCCUGCCCCUGGGCAUCCUCAUGGACCGAUUCGGACCCCGACCUAUUCGCCUAGUUGGCAGCUCCAGCUUUGCAGCUUCCUGUGCCCUGAUGGCUCUGGCCUCUCAGAAUCCCUUGGUUUUGUCUCCGCUCAUCUUUCUGGCCCUGUCUCUGAAUGGCUUCGGUGGCAUCUGUCUGACCUUCACUUCGCUCACUCUGCCGAACAUGUUUGGAAACCUGCGUGCCACCAUCAUGUCGAUAAUGAUAGGCUCCUAUGCGUCUUCUGCCAUCACAUUCCCCGGAGUUAAGCUGAUCUAUGAUGCCGGGGUGUCCUUUGUAGUCAUCAUGUUCACCUGGUCUGCUUUGGCCUGUCUCAUUUUUGUCAAUUGUGCCCUCAAUUGGCCCAGUGAAGCCUUCCCUGCCCCAGAGGAGGCCAAUUACAUGAAAAAGAUCAAGGUGAAUGGGCUGGCUUUAGACCACAAGGUGACUGGCGACCGAUCUCUUGUCCACGUCACUACCACGAGUCAACAACUUAACCAGAAGACCCCAAGUGUAGAGGAAGAAAGGGAGUUCUUUUCAUUAUCUCAAGAGGCAGGAGGCACCUUGGCUGCAGCUCCCGAGAAAUCUGUCCCUUUUCGGAAAAGCCUCUUUUCCCCCAUAUUUCUGUGGAGUCUCCUUACCAUGGGUAUGACCCAGCUCCGGGUGAUUUUCUACAUGGCUGCCAUGAACAAGAUGCUGGAGUUCUUAAUAACUGGUGGCCAAAAGCUGGGAACAGAUGAGGUACAUCACAUGAAGGAGAAAGUCGGAUUCUACUCCUCCAUCUUUGGUGCCAUGCAGCUGCUGUGCCUCCUUACCUGCCCUUUAAUUGGCUACAUCAUGGACUGGAGAAUCAAAGAAUGUGUGGAUGCACCUAGUGACGCCAACAUCCUGGAAGAGACCAGGGAUGGGAUUGCUAAGAAGGGGACCAAAAUUCGUUACGGAAAGAUCCAGAAACUCACCAAUGCUAUCUAUGCCUUUCUUCUGACCAACACGCUGCUCGUGGUCUUUGGGAUCACCUGCCUCAUUCACAAUUUGCACCUGCAGCUCUUAACCUUCAUCCUACACACAAUGAUUCGAGGUUUCUUCCACUCUGCCUGUGGGGGGCUCUAUGCUGCUGUGUUUCCUUCUAACCAUUUCGGGACUCUGACUGGCCUGCAGUCCACAAUCAGCGCCAUCUUUGCCCUUUUGCAGCAGCCUCUUUUCAUGCUGAUGUUGGGACCUCUACACGGAGACCCUUUCUGGGUGAAUUUGGGUCUGCUUUUCUUCUCCCUUCUGGGAUACCUGCUGCCCUCCUACCUCUUCUUCUAUCGGGCCAAGCUGCAGAAAAGGUUCCCCUGGAAGGUGUCAGAAGCAUACGGUUUGCAGGAAACAGUUGCCUAGUUGGAAGGAGGAGCGUCCCCACUCGGUACACCCCAGGAGAACAGGAGGAAUUGCCCCAGCUUGGAGUUUCUACCUGCAACAUAUGCACAUAGCCACGGGACAUGGAUUUAUAAAUACAUAAGUUCUAUUUUUGUAGGAACUUGCAAAAAAAAAAAACAAAACCAAAAAAAAAAAACCCCAACCCCCAAAACCAAACCACCCCACAACCACCACCAAAAGAAAACACAUACACACACGCACAACGCUCCAUUGAUGAAGGCCAGGCUAGGUGGCUUGUUGGCAGAUCCAGAAUGGAAAGACUUGUCUUCUUCUCUUGAAACCACAAGGCUGCCUAGGGCCAGGGCUACCCAUUGCUCUAUGUGGAUAGAGGUGCCACUCUGGUAACAGACAUUUCUGGAGACAGUUGUAGGCUCAAGAGAGACCCAUAGGGUGUCCUCCCACCCCCUGCAUAGGGACUGUGGGGUUGGGCCUAGGAUGGGCAUCUGGGCCAGAGCCUAGAAGGGGAGCCUGACUUUGGGGGUGGGAGGGCAGGUUCCCUCCUUGUUGUUACUGCUGUGGAGGCUGCCACCAUGGUUGCCACAGUGGAAAUAAAAAAGGGAAGCGA